AUGCGGGCACUCCAGCUUCGCACGCUGGACGUAGCCUUCCUGCACCUCGGGCAAUCGCGAAUGGUUACGUCGACUUCUCCAUGCAAGCGGGCAAUCUUCAAUCAGGUCAUGGGUAGGGACCAGCAGCGGAUGGCAACCAGCUACUGCUGCGCUCAGUUCCUUGUCCGGCAGGACGUGCUCCUAGCACCCGAAGCACUUUGGCAGCGUGCGUUGGCAGCAAUGGAUGAGCCACUUCCGGAUGGCUGCGAGCAUGUCAGGCAUGGCUCUGGAAUGCACUGCCUCGUCUUCGAAUCCAUUUGGCAUGUCAUGUUUGGAUACCCUGAAGCUUUUCUACCCAGAUCUGAAGACAUCACUCUUCCUAUAUUCCUGAGGAUCCCGGAGGCAGAUGAGAGUGACUUGCCGGAUGGUGCGAGGUCUACGCGGGACUCCCGAUGUAAAUGCGAGAAGAAGACACAUCCGCGGAAAGAGGUGCAGGAUCUCUUCAAAUUUCUGAAGACCAUGAACAAGCAGGCCACCAAAAGAACAGGGCAGUUCUUGAAGCAGUUGGAAAAGAAAGAGGGGAAAGAAGGAAAGCGUGAAACGCUGCUGAAGCAAGUCAAGGAUGUGGAUGAACUCAUGAACGAGGACCGGAGUGGCCUAGCAAGUUGA